UUAACAAAGUGAUGGAUGCGACAGCAGUUAUGGCGACUGGUGCGUUUCUCGUCAGUAUGUUCACCCCUCUGGGUCCAAUUACGGCAGCAGCUUCUGGUGGUGCUGCUGUUAGCGGCGCGUACUCGGCACUAAGCAGUAUUGCGACUCUGGUCGACCGAGGUAUUCGCGGCCAGUCAGUCAAUCCUUUCCGUGAUACUCAGGCGUUAAAAUCCUGGAUGUCACUGACGGGCAGCGUGGUCGGCGUAGCAGCCGGAGCAGCAACGAUCAGAGCAGGAGUUCUGGCGAGCAAGGGCCAAGUGUUAAGUAGAAUGGCCGAAGUAACUCGCAAUGCCCUUACUGUGACGUCAGCUGCCGCUACAGCCACAGGUGCUGCUAUCGGCACCACCAGCACUGAUGAAUGCGUCACGGAGAGGGAGCCAACAGCUCUAGACGUGUUACAGUUCAGUGCUUCGGUGCUGUUUCUGGCUCAUGCAACAAUAAGUUCCCACACAGUUUCGGAGGUGAUUAAUGAAAUUCAGAAUGGAGUAAUGGAGAAUUUCGAGAACAGUCUGAGAAGCAACAGACACAGGAAACAGUUCAAGAAAUCUUCAAGGAACGCAGCAGCUACUGCUGACAAUGCAGUGGGCAGUAAUGCAAAAGUUAUUAAGGGCUUCCGCAGCAUUGAUAACAAAGACGAUUUCUUUGCUGGAACUGUGAGAACGAGGAAAGACAUCGGUGGCAACAACGCAAUUUUUUCUGAAAAUGGAAAUAUUGUCGUGGACGGUGGUGCAGAGGUACAUCCAAUGCAGCUGUGUGAGGUGAGAAAACACAAGAGGAGGAAUCUCCUCUCACUGGCUGAACAAGCAUUCCAGGGCAAAGUAUCCUAUGCCAUUUUCAGAAGUCGUCUUGACACACUGCUCAGCACCAACAGUGUGAGCUCUUCUGGAACAAACACGUCUCAGGACAGUAAUGCAGCAGAGGCAGUGAAUACACUGGUAUCACAGGUCCAGCAGGGAGUAAAAGGGAUAAUCAUAGGCAAAAAUGAGGUAAUGUUUAUGCUGACAGUUGUGGAUGAGCUCACUGUUUUGGUGUGCUCGAAGAGAGACAAUAAAUACAGGAAAUGGUGGCGCCUUAUUUGGCACCAUGCAAAUAUUCUUGUUAAGGAAAUGUGCGAUACAUAUGAUGAAGCUCUACAUCUUGAAAAUCCGAAACACAACUUCGUAGAUAAACGCAGUUUCAAUAUGAUAAACGGUAUACAAAUGACAAAUGUCUUCAUGCAUUUUGUUUGUAGUAUUUACAAGAAGUAUAAAGAUCACAUUGAGGGACUUUUAAAUGAUACAGAGAUACUGAAGACAAAUUACAUAUUUUGUGGAAGAUGUAAAAACGCAAUGUGAUUAAUAAAAAUAGCAUACUUAGUGAAUAUCAUACUGAAAAAGGAAAAUACGAAGUACUCUUUUGUUGCAACUGUGUAAAUCAACGAAUUUUUCUAAAAUAAUUGUGAAAUGUUAGAUUACAGUGAACUCAAAUUUUAUAUUAGGCUACUGUAUUGAUUAGUUCAAUUUUUAUCCUAGGUAUAAGUUUACAUCAAUUCUGUGCUGCAAUUUCUUUGUUCAUCAUCGUUUUUAGCCAUGUUUUGUUCCUUGUGAUUUAAUACUUAUGCUCAAUUUAAAAGCCGCCUUUUUUAACCAGUUUUAUGAAUACAUGAUUUUCAUUGUCAUAAGUUGCCCCACAUUAUGAAAAUUUUAGUCUCACUUGUUUUCAUUUCUUUGUAUAAUAUUACUAUUUAUAAUGGUCGCUUCUGCUUACUUUGUAUGUUUGACUUAAUUAUGUCAUUUGUAAUUUACAACAAUAAAAAUAAUUAAUUUUU